AUGUUGCGCUGCAACCCAAGGAAUUGGGACUUCGACAUUGAUCGAUUCCUCAAUCCCUUUGUUCCGCCACCUCCUUGGAAAUAUCUCCCAUACCCUAUCUCUCACUGUUUUGGCUACCGCAAGUCGAAGCCACAGAAUGUUGGGAAUCUCGUUUCGAUCUUCUGGGCCUGUAUUGGCGUCUUUUGCGGCGUCGCCGUAGUCUCCAUCGUCUCCCGCCAGAUACCGUCCUUCAGAGACCAUGGUGCGCCCAUUAUUGUGGGCAGUUUUGGCGCAGCCGCCGUUUUAGAGUUCUACUCGAUCGAAUCGCCCCUCUCUCAGCCCCGUAACUCAGUCCUCGGUCAACUCCUCUCCGCCAUCGUAGGGGUAGCGAUCUGCAAGCUGUUCCAGCUGAGCCCGCACUUUGAUUCCAUUCGCUGGCUGGGAGGAGCCUUGUCGUGCGCCUUGGCGACGACCGUUAUGGCGCUUACGAAGACGGUUCACCCCCCUGCUGGCGCGACGGCACUGCUCGCCGUCGUCGAUGACGGUGUCGUACACUUGGGAUGGUUCUUGGUGCCUAUUGUGCUCCUCGGCUGUGCCUUGAUGCUGGUCGUCGCAUUACUCAUUAAUAAUAUCCAGCGGCGCUUCCCACAGUAUUGGUGGUCGCCCGAGGAUGUUCGGCUACACCGCGUGCCUUGGAGGCGCCAUGUGGGCGAUGUGGAAAGCAAAGAGCAACCAAAACCUGAUGAGGCUGAUGGGCGGAGUAGGAGUGAUUCUACAGUGAGGGAAGAUGCGGUACUGAUUAUGAGGCCUGGUGAAGUGCUUGUGCCUGAACACAUGUUCAUCACACCCGAGGAAAAGUUGUUCUUAGAAGAAUUGAGUAAUCGGUUAUGA